CUUUUCCCACACGACUCCACCACCACCUCCCGCACCCUCCGCCACCGCCACCACCACCACCAGAAGUCCUAGGUUAGCUGCCCCUUCCCCCUUUUAGGAAAUAAAUCCCAGCAAAAUUAAGUCCAUUUUGAUUCAUCCUCCUCCUCAAAAAUCCGAUGGCCGCCUCUCAAGAAGACCGUAACGUUUACAACCCGGAAGACCUUGACGACGACGAAGAAGACGAAGAAGGAAUCGGAGGUUUAAUUCAUAACCCCGGUAAUAAUACCAAUGAUAUUAACCCUCCUGAGAACGACGUCGUUGUGGACGACGAAGAUGAUGACGUGGAUGUCGACGUGGACGUAGACGAGGAUGAUGACGUCGACGACUCCACCUCUUCUUCCAAUCUCGCCGCUGCCGACCACCACCACCAUGAUCCCUCCUCUCUCCUUAACCACCACCACCACCACCACAUCCACCUGCCUCCGCCUCCCUCUCUUUCCCCGGGAGAUGUUACCGUCGCUCUCCCAACCGAUCAGUCUCUCCGUCCGGACGCUGAACGACAGCGAAUCGAUGAAGUGACGGUCGCCUCGGUCUCUGCCGUGGCCAGGGCCGUCGUGGAGGAGAAGAAGCCGGUUCCGAACGAUGAGUCGAGGCGGCUGUUUCAACGGCUCUGGACCGACGAGGACGAGAUCGAACUUUUACAGGGGUUUUUGGAGUAUACGACCUCGAGAGGCGUGAUCAACUCGUCUCACCAUCAUGAUACGACGGCGUUUUAUGAUCAGAUCAAGAGUAAAUUGCAGCUGGACUUCAACAAGAACCAAUUGGUCGAAAAACUCCGAAGGUUGAAGAAAAAAUACCGGAACGUGAUGAACAAGAUGAGCUCCGGUAAGGAGUAUGUCUUCAAAAGCCCUCAUGAUCAAGCUACUUUUGAAAUUUCUCGUAAAAUUUGGGGCGGCAGUGGCGUUGGUGCUUCCGUCCGCAGCGGUGUUGUGAUGGAAGAAGGUGGAUUUGAUGAUGAUGACGGUAACCCUAAUUUUAGUGUUAAUUUUAUUGAUCAAAGCCCUAACCCUAAUUUUAACCUUAACCCUAAUGGAAUUGAUCAUUUAGAGAAGAAAACUCCGCGGUCUAGGAAAAGAUCACGCGGUGUAGGUGGGGUGAAAAUUGAGGAGAAACCAUUUGGGUAUACUAGUGUUCCAACUUUGCAAAAUUCAAACCAGCAGCAAAGCGUGCAGAAUGUGCAAAAUAUGCAGAAUGUGGGCGUGGUUACGCCUACAGCAACGCAAAUUGGGCCGGUGACGGCUGCAGCUGGUUCAGCAGGGUCGGGGCAGGCCACGAAUUUGAUUGAGGAGACAGUGAGGAGCUGUUUAUCACCGAUAUUUAAGGAAUUGUUGAACAGUGUGAUGAGUUUGAAUGGGCCAAUGAUGGGUGGUUCACGAGGAUUUGGCUUUGCAUUGAGUCCAAUGCCAUUAGGGUUAAAUGGGGAUUUGGUGGCGGAUGAGAAGUGGAGGAAGCAACAGAUAUUGGAGUUGGAGGUGUAUUCAAAGAGGUUAGAAUUGGUGCAGGAUCAAAUAAAGGCGCAGCUGGAGGAGCUAAGAUCAAUGGGAAGUCGAUAGUUAGGAAUUGCUGGAGGGUUGAUGAGUAGGCAGGUCUUGACUUGGAUUCGAGGAGUAGUAAGUGCUUGGUGCUUUUUCCAUUAUUCAGUAUAUGAUCUUAGUUGAUAAAUUUUCUUCUGGUAAUUGAUUAAUAGUUUAGGAUUUUAACUUACAUUGUGGAAUAAUGAGUCCUAUAUAUUCAGCCCUGAUGGCUUGUUUAGACUCCUAAUAUUUGUGCAGAUAGUUAGUUGACAUGUACAUGAGAAUGGACAAUCUUAGGUAACUUGUUAUUUGAUAUCUAUACUUACCUU